GCUCUUGCGUCGCAAUGUAUUCUGGGACAUGAAGGCACUCUGUGUCCUGGGAGGAUCCCGUGCAGCAUGGAAGAGGCCGGUGAAAGGUCCAAUCAUUGUGAAAAUACCUCGGACUGCGAGGAAGACAGAUACUCGGAUAAUGAUUUUGAAACGUCAAAACUUGGAACGAAAGAUUACUGGGAGGAAGUAUAUCAGAAAGAGCUUGAAACAUUCAAAGAUAUAGGAGAUGUAGGGGAGAUAUGGUUUGGUGAAGAAAGCAUGAACCGUGUGCUGGGAUGGAUGGAGACGGCAAAGAUCCCAGAGAACGCGGCCAUUCUUGACAUUGGCACUGGAAACGGAGCCUUUUUGGUUGAGCUGGCAAAACAUGGGUUUAAGAAUCUAACUGGUGUGGACUAUUCUCCAGCGUCUGUAGAACUGGCCAGAAAUGUUCUCCAAACAGAAGGUUUGACUGAUAUCACUGUGAAGGAAGUGGAUUUCUUAAACUGCGAUAGAGAACUGAAAGAGUUUGACGUCUGCAUUGACAAAGGAACUUUUGACGCUAUAAGCCUAAAUCCAAACAACUCCAAAGAGGCAAAGAAACUCUACGUCCAAGCUUUAAGGGAUGCUUUGAAAGACGAUGGCUUCUUCUCUAUCACUUCAUGUAACUGGACCAAGGAGCAGCUGCUACAGAGAUUCAGUGAAGGAUUUGAGUUUGUGCAGGAGCUGCCUACACCAAAGUUCCAGUUUGGAGGCAAGACAGGCAACAGUGUGACAGCUCUCAUCUUCAAGAGACUACAUUAAUGGAGUUUUCAUCCAAAAAAUCUUUACCAUCUGUUAAAUGAUAUAAUUUCUGUUUUUUAUAUUUGUUUCAAUGUUUUUUUGUGCUAAUAAAGUCACUUUAUUCACUCUUAAACAGUCCUCAAUUAUAGGAAUGAAAAAAUACUAACACAAUGAAGUAAAAAUACACUUAAAAUAAACCAAUUAAUAUUAUAUAAAUUGCAUACUGUUGUUUGACAAGUAAAAACAUUCAUUAGUAUGGAAGUUAAGACAGUGUUAAAGUUGUUUUUAGUAGUUUUACAUGAAUAUUUUGAUGUCCUCCUUAUAAAUUAAUUGCUUGGAGUAUAUAUUUUAGUAUUUCUGGUAGGCUUAUGACUUAUUCUCUGUUUAAUUCCUUUCAAGAUCUAUGAAUUUGUUAUGUUAUUAUCUUGUAAAAGUCCUGUAUCAUAGAAAACUCUAUAUACUGUAUUUUCUGGACUAUAAGCCGCACCUGUAUAUAAGCCGCAUCUGCUCAAUUUAAGAAAAUAUAUUUUACAAGCUAAAAUAUCUCAAACUUAAUUAGCUAACUAGAAACCAGCAGUGCUUGGGGUUCCUAGGAUCACAAUCAAACACCUCUGACACGCUGAAUAAACAGGAGGUGGUGGUGUCUGUGA